AUGGAUAGGAUGAGUCUGUUGCCAGAUGACUUGAUCUUUAAGAUACUCUCUUUAAUUCCAUCGAAAGUUUCAGUGUCCACAAGCCUUUUGUCAAAACGUUGGUAUUCUCUUUGGAAACGUGUCCCAAAUCUUAGGUAUUCCGAUCCAUAUAGCGACAGCGGGUACUCGAGAGCUUCAGGUUUUAUUGACAAGUUUUUGCUGCUGCGAGACAACACUCAUGCUAUAGAAACUAUGCGUCUAUAUGUUAAUCGGUACUGUCCUCGUAUAGACAUUGAAACAUGGUUUCGUGUUGCAGUUUCUCGAGGUGUGCGCGUUCUUCUGUUCAACGACUGUAGAACCUGGUACCAGCCCAUACGGUUGCCUAGGAUCCUGUAUACAUGUGAAACCCUUGCGACUUUAACCCUAGUUUCAGCUGUCAUUGUGGAUGUUCCUUUGAAUAUUUGCUUCAUGUCACUCAAGAGCUUGAGUCUUAUAUAUGUCGACUUCCCUAGCGAUGAAAGCGUUCAUCGGCUUCUAUCCGGUUGCCGUGUCCUUGAAGACCUAAAAGUGAUUCGAGACAACAAUGAAAACGUGAAAACUUUCAAAAUCAUGAUUCCUUCAUUGCAAAGGUUAACAGUCGAUGAUGUUUUUAUAUAUGGAAAUCCAGUUCCAGGACAUGAUGUUGGGUUUGUGAUUAAAGCUCCUUAUUUAAAGUCGUUAGCGAUUACUGGCCAGUUUGGUUGGUUCCAUUCACUAGUGAAAAUGCCCUACUUGGUGAAGGCUAACAUAAAGCUUCGACAUGGAGAUUCCCGCAAAUUCCGCGGCCUAGUGCAGAUACCUAUGCACCCCGCAAUCUCAACACAUGGACUAACAUAUAUACAUAUAUAUAAUUAACAGUUUUUAGCAGCAAUCAUUUCAAUCAACCGUUGAAUCCUCUAUUAUCAUAUUUCCGGUUUAACAAUCAAUAUCAAUAACGAACAACCAAGACUCUCAAACAGACUCGAUUCAAAGAGACGGAUCCAUGUUUCGAAACUAAACUUUCCAUAAUGGUAGUACUAAACUAGCUCGGGAUUUAACGGAG